AUGGAUUCAGAGCAGGUAAAGAAACGAAUGUCUCAAAUUGAGUUAGAGAUAAGUGAGAUGAACGAGAUGAUAGAUAAGAACUUGAGCAUUCAUGAGACCACGGUUAAGACGAAACAGGAUGUUUCUUCUGACGAUCAAGAUGAGGAUUACUUAGAGUUGCAGAAGCUAACGGCGAACCAGGUUGAUCAAUUUGUGCAGAAUGCUAUUAAAAGCGAUGGGGAGGACGAGGUACCGGAAACACUAAGUAGUGGCAGAGAGACGGCACUACAAGCGGAAGAGCGAGAAGACAUAAAAGAGGAGAAACCAGGUACUCAAUUAGAGGCAGCAGUAGUGGCAGAAGUGGUGGCAGAAGUACAAACUGAACCAACUGCUGAGAAAGCUAUUCCCGCUGUUUCCGUAACCUCUGUUCCAGCGAAGAGAAUACCUUCUGAGAAGAUCGAAGUCUCCACCAGCACAGAAGAGGAUGAAGCAGCAGCAGCAGCUACGAUUGUACCUAACACUGAUAAAUCAAGUACAUACCCUGCUCCUGCAGCAAUCGGCCAUACUCAGAACGGAACCGUCCCUCGUGCACCAAACACUGACUCAAGCAACAUACCUACUUCACCACGUAUACUCACGCCGAAGAGCAACCCGUUCCGCGUAGUACAUGUUGGUAGCCAACCAAGCUCCCGUAACGCAUCGAGAAACAGCUCUAGGGUCUCAAGCACUUCCUCAGAUAUUUCAGACAUAAACUUUGAACAAUUACAGCAAAAUUACAACUCACUCUCGGUCAAAUGUACCAAACUACAAAAAGAAAUCGAUUACCUCCACAAAUUUAAAAACGAAAGUACCUUAACGCUCGAAGACAGACGCAAACUGAUCACUGCCAUCGAAAAAUUGCAAGAAUACCUCGACAAGAAAAACAAACAACGUUACGAUACAGGUGUAAUAUUAUCCCGUCAAAUAAGGAAAAACGUAGAUAUGGGGGCCAAUGGCCAAUUUUGGGUAGGAAGGUCGUAA